GGUGAGUAAACCUUGCGAUCCUUCAAAGGGGUGAUAAACCUUGAUUAAAGGGCUUGAUGAUUAUAGUAUCGUCUUCUUAAGACUUGGGCGAGAAGGGAGGUAGGGAACUGGAUCAAUCUCCAAAGUUGUUUUCCUAAUAAAGCAACAUUAAAAUUAUGUUAAAAAGUCGAGUCCACUCUGAUCAUGCGGAACAAAAUCUUGUCCCAUGCAGUCCAAUGUAACCUCAGUUCUUUUGACUCGAGUUCCACCAAAAUUUUGAGAUUGCGCUUUUUAGUUUCUCCCCUAUGCCUUGUGGAAGCAAGUAGCACGACAUACUAAAUGUCGGCACAGCUUGCACCACUGAUUUUAUUUGAACCUCUUUACCCCCUUUCGAGAGUAAUCCAGCCGACCAGGAAGAAACGUAUCCAUUGAGGUGAUCUUGUACGUAGGAGAAGAUUUUCAUCUAAGAACCACAAAUUUGUUCUGGGAGUUCUAGAUAUUUUCACAUCCCUCCUUCAGUAGUAAUCCAAGAACGCCUUUGAUACUUUGUUUAACGCUAAAAUCAACUUUAUUUCCAAAAUGAUGGAGGACUUAGCCGCAUUAAGUCUUUGUCCCUAAGACUUUCCAAAGGAAUCCAAAAUGUCUAAAAAUUCCUUGUACUGUCUCACUUCUGCAUUGCAGAAGAAGAGGCUAUCAUCCGCAAAGAGGAGGUGUGAAAUCCGGGGGCUGGUUGGGGCAACUCGUAAUUCCAAAAUGCGCUUCUCUUCCUCCGCUCAUUUAAGGAGAGAGAUCAGAGCUUCAGUGCACAAUAUGAAGAGGAAAAGGGAUAAUGGAUCACGCUACCUCAACCCUCUCGUGGGGGUAAUUUUACCCAUGGGUUCUCCAUUGAUAACCUGAGAAGAAACCGGUGUAAUGUAAAACAUCAAAAGAUUAACCAACUUUUCCGCAAACCCUAAACGUAGCACUAAGGCCCGAAUAAAGCUCCAUUCUACUUGUCAUACGCUUUACUCAUGUUCGUCUUGAUGGCUAUGUAGCUUCUCUAGCUCGGUUGCUUGUCCGGAAAGCAUGAAAAUUCUCUUGUGCUAGUAGGAUAUUGUCUGUGAACAACUGUCAAGCCACAAUAUCAGAUUUGGCCCCUGAAAUCAGGUCAGGCAGAAACCUUUUGAAUGGUUUAGAUAACAGUUUUGAGAUGAUCUUGUAACUGACGUUGCAGAGUCUAGGUCUAAACUUAGACAUCUGUCUUGGUUUUUCUUUCUUUGGGAUCAGGCAAAUGCUGUUUUGGUUAAGUCUCGGGUUAAAUCUCCCAUCAAUAAAGUAAUCUUUCACUAGUCGAAUGAUAUCUUUGUGCAUAACAUGCCAAAACUUUUGAAAGAGUCUAGUCGUCAUACUAUCCGGGCCUCGGGCCUUAUCCAGAUUAAUAUCAAACAGAGCUUUCUUGAUUUUAUGUUCCAAUGGUUCAGCUGUAAGAAUGUCGUUUGUGGGCACUGAAACUUAUGUUUUAUGUAGCGAAGAUAUGCGUCCAUAUCUCUGGACAGAGAGGUAGAGAAGAGUUCUUGAAAAUAGUCAACAGCCACCUUUUCUAUUCCUAAUCUUGUAAAAUAUAUAUAGAAUAAAAACUCUAUAAAUUAAUAAUGUUAGAUUUUUUUAUAUUUUAUUAAUAUAUACAGAAUUUUUUUCUUUUUUAUUUAUAUAUUUAUUAAAGUGUGUAUUAUGUAAAAAAGAGAAGGAUGCUUAGUUUUACGAUAUAUGAAUUGAUUAAGUUUUAUAGAUUAAAAUUUUAUAUUGUUCUUAUUUAAGUAUUUGGUAUAUACCAUAAAUGUAAAUGCAUUUUAAAUGUAAAAUGACAAAAUAACAUUGAUAUGUCUUGGAAUAUUAAAAAUACAAAGAUAUCACAGUGAAUAAAAACAAGGGGAAAUUUUAUGUUUAUAUAUUAUUUAUAUUUAUAUAACAUAUAUAAUAAUUAUUAUUUAUAUUUAUACUGGAACCAUAUAUUUAUAUUAUGUUUUCAAAAAAUUAAUUUGUUACUGUAUUAUUGAAUUGUAUCAUAUUUUACACUAACCAAACCUAGGACAUAUACAAUUUAUUAUUUUUUUGUAUUUAUUAGUUUAUUAAAUAUUAAUUUAUAGAGUUUCUAUUGUAGGUGAGUCUAGGAAUAAUAAGAAAAGAUAAUUACAAAUAAAACCUUAUUAACAUAUUUUUAUUGCCACUCAAAUUUAAACCAAUCCUAGAGUCCUCAUUAAUGAAAUAAAUGUCUUUUUGAAAUAUUAAUCAUAAACAUUUUAAGCAACAUAACACAGUGGUCACACAUAACCCACUUACAUUUGUCAUACGAUUUUCAUAUUUUGAUUAUUAAUUAACCCGGUCAAAUUCACUGUUAUUUCGAAGAAAAUAUUCUUUUUAGGGGCCGUUAUUAAAUCAGUGAUUUAAAAUCACUUAAUUAUUUUUUUUGCAAUAAAUCAAAUUUUAAAAUUUUAAAUUAUUUUAAGUUGAUGGAUUCUAAAAUCUAUUCAGUAUUUCUGUGAUUUUGUGUUUAAUCAUCUACCAUUGAGACUUCAUAAAAAAUUAUUUGAAAUGAAUCUAAAAUACAAAGACUUUUAAAAUCUUUGAAAGUUGAAUAACAUUAGAUUUUACAACUGGAUUUAAAUCAUUCAUUGAAUAGCAAUGAAUUUUAAAAUAUAAUUUAAAGUCAUCAUUCGAAUAACAGUGAAUUGUGUUUAGAACUAAAAUCUAUUAAAAUACAUGACUGAUUAACAUCCCUCUUAAUUUAACAACUUUACGAUUUUAGAAUAUUACAAUAUUCAAUAACUACAUAAUUUUCUAAAAUCAGAAAUUUAUAGCUAGAUGAACUUAACGUGUGCCUGAUUUUAUUAAUACGUAUAUUCCAAUCCAUAUUUAAUAGUCAUAAUUAUUCCUUUUAUACGAGCCCUAAUUAUCAUAACAAAAAGAAAAAUUCAGUUACAAAUUCUAAUUAUGAAAAACUAUCAAAUUAUUGUGUUUUAAGAAAUGAUAAAAACUUAAAACAUGUGACAAAUGUUCUAGGAAACGACCGACCUUUGUCGUCCAUAUGGAUUCAAAACUACCAGUUUGGUUCGCAACGUCGUCAUGAGUCUGUAUUUUUUUUAAGGCAAAAAAAUGACAAGUGUUAAAAAUGUAAUCUAGUGAUUAUAAAAAAUAAUAUAUAUAUAUAUAUAUAUAUAUAUAUAUAUAUAAAUAAGUAAAAACAAAUACCCGCACAGUCGUGCAGAUCAAAACUCUAGUAUAUCUCUAUACCAACUCAACACCGCAAUCUAAUUAUAAACAAAUAUGAUUAAUAAUAUAUAGAUAAAUUAGCCAUAAUUUAAUUUUAUGUUAGUUGAUUUAAAUGAGUUUUACCAAUUUAAAUUUAUUUUACCAAUUUAAAUCGAUUUAUACCAAUUUGGAUCGGUUUUAGACAACUUAAAGUUUGAACAGAUUCAAUAAUAAGAUUUUAAGCAAAUUGUUUUGGAUAUAACCGAUCGAUUUGCCGCCUAAAAUGAUUUUUAAAACCUUGUAACAACUAUGGAAGGCAUUUUCAUCAGUUCUAUGCCAGCAAUUGGUCCUUGACCUAAUUUAUGGAGUUAGUAAUUGUUAUAUAAAUUUUAUUUGCUUCAAUUUUGGUUACUACACCAAAUUUAUUAAUUUGGUGUUCAAGUUACUAAAUCUUAUAUUAAUAUUUUAUAUCCAAGUUUUAUUAGAUUUAUUCCAAAAUUAGAUGUUCAAUGAUACUAAUUGAAAGAAUAGAGGGGUUAUCCAGUUUGAAAAUAGGUAAAUACAUAUAUUUAGGAGAUUUUCUAACACAACGAUUGUUGUACUUGUACUACAGUACAACUACAAACUACAUACAUUUAAGAAAUCACACGAACAAAGAAAAUCACAAUUAAUUCAAAACGAUUCUCUCUUUGUUUUUCUUUGUCUCAAACAAAAAAUCCUCAUAAUCCUACCGUAAUCAAGCCAUGGAUCACAUGCAUAACAUGCCACCAUCAUCAUCAAUGACGAAUCAAACCAAACCCCACAUGAUGAUGAUGCACAUGACCUUCUUCUGGGGCAAGAACACGGAGGUUCUCUUCUCCGGAUGGCCCGGGACAAGCUCCGGUAUGUAUGCUCUUUGUCUCAUCGUCGUUUUCCUCCUCGCCGUAAUCGCCGAGUGGCUCGCCCAUUCUCGAAUCCUCCGUGGUGGUGACGCCACCAGCCGCGCUGCCGGUAUCGCUCAAACCACCGUGUACACUCUCAAGACUGGCCUCUCCUAUAUCGUGAUGCUCGCCGUGAUGUCCUUUAAUGGCGGCGUUUUUAUCGUUGCUAUCGCCGGUUAUGCCGUGGGUUUCUUGCUCUUCGGAAGCACUGCUUUCAAGAAGCCCUCUCAUGACCAGAAAACCACUCUCCCGCAGUCUUCAGGCUGCGUUUGCUGAAAAUAGCAUUUUGCAUUUCCUUAACUUUUCUGUUUGUGUGUGGUUUGCUUUGUUUUGGGUUUUAAUAUUUCAUUUUCAGUUUAUAAACAUGUUACAAGAAAUAACCGGAUACGCAUCAAGUAUCUUCUUUUCCCCUGAAUUCAUUCAACAUGGAAAAACACAUUGUUGCAUAUGCAAAGAUUGUAUCAUGAAAUUUUAUGAUGAUCACUUCAUUUUUACCA